UCUUUCUUGUCUAAAAUGGAUUUACCUUGUAAUAACCAAUAACCUUGCAAUAACCAAAACAAGGCACGUGAUGCCAAACAUUGUCUCUUAAAUCACAACUGUACACGACGGAUUUAAUACUUCACGGGCAAUAACCGUAAUAACCCACCCCCAACGUCACGCCGACGCGACUUCAGACACGCUUCCUUGGCCAACAUGUCGGUGUUCUAUUAGUUGGCGCGGUCGGGGCAACGGUUAUUUCGACUGGAUCAUGGGGUUAUAAUUGUCCAUACAGAAAACUGUCAUAUCUUAACUUUUCCGCCUUUUGGCAGAGGAGGACUCGGGGACUUUUCCUGCAAACCAAUCUCUAAUUCUCUUACAUUCAAAUCUAAUAAGUGUUUCUUUUGCAUCUGGAUGAGAUGCUAACAAAGUUCCGGAAAAAUUAGGAAUUGAAACCGUGGAAGAAGAAGAAGAAUCAUAAUAUGCCGGAGAAAGGACUGAUUCCGUCUCUGGCGCAGAACCAAGUGACGAAUCAUCACCGUCUUAGUCCUCUGCAUCAAUGGAGAUUCGGCGCUCUAACAUCUCUCGCCUUCUUCCUCAUGGUUGUCGUCUGGAGCAUUGACGGUUGUACGAUGAAAAGCUUCGUAGAGUCUUGGAGAUUCAACGCUUACUACUCCGUGCGAGUCACUGCUUCUUCUUCUUCUUCUUCUUCUUCACUGAAAUCUAAAACCCAUUCUCUGGAUCUAACUUCGAACACAACCAGUCAACCGGAUCUAGAUACGACCCGAGUGAAGUUCGACUGGAUCUCCGCCGAGAUGGAGCAGAAUUUUACGGCGAACCUCCUGAGAAAUUGGUUGGCUCCGGGAGGAGAGAACUGCAGAGAAGGAAAGACCGUCGACAUUUCCGUUCCGAGCAUCGACGGGAAAGAUUCGGCACAGUUAUCUUUAACGGCUGGUAAGAUCCACGAAUUCAGUUUUCAAUCCCUAGACGAAUCUGGAAAACCGGUCUGCAUCGGUGGUGAUUACUUCGAGACUGAUCUCUCCGGCGAAAACUGGAAGUCGAGACCACCGGUGAAGGAUUUGGGCAACGGCACUUACUCUUUCUCCCUUCAGGUACAUCCCGAUUUCGCCGGAGAUUACAAACUCACCGUCGUUUUGCUCUUCCGUCACUUCCAAGGCCUCAAAAUCAGCCCCGCGCGCUUCGCCUUCGACAGAGAGCUACGCAGUUUCAAAGUACGCUUCGUGAAGAAACUCGGCGUCGUUUUGCCGGAGCUCCGGAGAUGCGACCGGUCCGAUUUCGCCAGAGACGUAUGGACCGGCCGGUGGACUAGGCUCGGUAAGAACGACGAGUGCGAGAUCAGCGACGACGGGCGUUACCGUUGCCUGGCCGCUGAUUUCCCUUGCCGGAAACCAUGGUGCGACGGAGCUUUAGCUGAUUUAGAAAGCAACGGUUGGGUUUACUCGAGCCAUUGCUCGUUCAAGCUCUUCUCCGGCGAUUCGGCUUGGGACUGCUUGAAGAACAAAUGGAUUUUCUUCUGGGGAGACUCGAACCACGUCGAUUCGAUCAGAAACUUGCUGAACUUCGUCUUGGGCCAUCCGGAGAUCGGAGCCGUCCCGAGGAGAUUCGACUUGAAGUUCUCGAAUCCGAAGAACUCAUCGGAAACCGUUAGGAUCACGAGCAUCUUCAACGGACAUUGGAACGAGACCCAAAACUAUCAAGGUCUCGACUCGCUUAAAGAUCACGGCUUUAGAGAAUUGCUCAGAAGCUACUUCGCCGAGGAAAACGGCGUUCCCGACGCGAUGAUCGUUAACUCGGGCCUCCACGACGGGGUUCACUGGUCGAACCUUAGAGCGUUUGCGAAAGGCGCGAAAUUCGCGGCUGCGUUUUGGAGAAACGUUUUCGACGACACGGUGAAGCGCCGCGGGUUCCGAACGCCGGAAGUGAUUUUCAGGAACACGAUCGCGACGGGCGGUUACGCGAGGACGCUCGCGUUUAACCCGAGCAAGAUGGAAGUGUACAAUGGGGUGUUUCUGGAGAAGAUGAAGGAACAAGGGUUGGUCUCGGGUGUGAUUGACAACUUCGAUAUGACGUAUCCGUGGCAUUACGAUAACCGGUGUAACGAUGGGGUUCAUUACGGAAGAGCUCCGGCGAAGAUGCGGUGGAGAGACGGCGAGAUUGGGCAUCAGUACUUCGUUGAUUUGAUGCUUGUUCAUGUCUUGUUAAAUGCAUUGUGUGUGAGAUAAAAAGAGUAUAGAGAUGUUUAGUUUGGUUAGAGUCACGAUUCUUUUAUGUGUGUGUAUACUGAAUAGGUUCACAAAUCAUUAGUGGCGUUUUGGCGCUAAAAUCAGACGAUUUUGUUAAUAAAUGGAUUUACGCGAUCAUCUGUGGUUUUUAAGUGGUUCUAGACGGUCCUCCGACACAACCAUUAUUUUUUUUGUAUUGAUACACAUUUAUGAUAUUUUCGUAAUUUUGAUGUUUAUAAUAA